AUGCAGGCGACACUCAGUGUUGCCGCUCUCAAACCGUUCAUUAGGGCACUAACAUGUCUGUCGAGAUAUGGCGAUGAUGUUGUCAUAUCGGCAAACCCAGAACAGCUCUCUUUAAGCGCAACUAAUUCUUCACUCUCUGCAUACUGUUGCUUCAAGUAUGGGCGCAGGUUCUUUUCCAGAUAUAAAUUCAGAGAUGGCGUGGCACAAGACGAUGUCCAGGACGUGAAAGGACAGUUUCUCGCUAAGACAUUUCUUUCCAUCAUUAAACAUAGAACUAUCGAGAAGACACUGGAACGCUGCGAAUUUAUAAUCGUUGAAGCAACGGAUCUAUAUGACCAGAAUGAGCCAGACGAGGACCAGGAUACACUAGAGAGCAGAUUGAUUAUUCGAUUGCACUGUAAACAUGGCAUCGUAAAGACUCACCGACUGCAACUCUUGAUCCCUACAUCAUUGCUUUCACCGGGUACCUCAGACCCUUCGACUGAAUCCCAUCUUACAAUAGGUCCACGCGCAAUAAAAGACAUAACGGAGCAUUUCCCAAAUGCUCGAGGGGCGAAAGGCAAUCCUCAACUUGUAUGGACCUUUGGAGACACCGACGUUGAGGUCAAGAGCCUCGAGUCCUCUAUUGACACUAGAGGUAAAGCUCAACUAUCAACAGAGCUGACAAUCAGCGCGGAUGAGUUCGAUGUCUAUGACGUCUAUGCAACCCCAACUAUCAUCUCUUUUCACUUGCGAGAGUUCAAUGCCAUAAUUGCUUUCGCGGAAUCCAUGGGUCUCUGCCUAGAUCUACGGUUCACGGAUUCUGUGGCCCCUCUCUUCAUCGAAGUCGAAAGCGAAGAGUCAGAGUGUCUUUUUGUCAUAUCUACCUCGCAAUACGGUGGUUCAGCCGCACCUCCAUCGUCAAACUCUACUCAACACAACACACACAAACAUCCUUCUCCGAGCGAUGAUGGUAAAGGCAGCUCGAGACAGCGAAGUGAAACACCGAGAAUAAAGAAACCAAUGAAAGCCGUGCAGCGUAUGGAUGCAGACAAGGAGGUGAUACGCGCAUCUGGUCUGGGUGUCGAGGACAUGAACCAGGAUGAACUAACGGAAAUGCUCAAAGGAGAGGGCGAAGAAGUUGGCUUCGAGUUCGCUGCAUCUCAGAGUCUUACCAACAUGGAAGAUGCAGAUUCAACUAUGCGUUCUGCGGAUGAUGAUCCUGAAAGCUUUGAGCUUGUUGAAGACAUCGGCACUGAACUUGGGCCAACGCAGGAUGACGUUGGAGGCAGGAAGAAGGUGUUUCAGCCUCUGUUUGAAGAUUAA